UCAAAGUCUCCUUAUCUACUUAUGCAACGUUAGACAAAGCUAUCAAACAAUGCCACGUCACCUCACAAAACAUCUAGGGUAACCAAUCACAUGCAGAUAACUCUCUCGCUUUAUUUUCUCUUCAAAUCUUAUCAAAAAUCCCAUAAUGUUUUCAUUUCUUUACAAGUGAUCAACAAAACACCCCAAAAAGUAAAGAAAAUGGCCGCAAUUACAUCAGCUACCGUCACCAUCCCUUCUUUCACCGGCCUAAAGCUCGCCGUCAGCUCAAAACCUAAGACAUUAUCCACCAUCAGUAGAUCCACUUCCGCCACCAGGGCGCCACCUAAGCUCGCUUUGAAGUCCUCUUUGAAGGAUUUCGGUGUCAUCGCAGUGGCAACAGCAGCUUCGAUCGUUUUAGCUGGAAAUGCGAUGGCCAUGGAGGUUCUUUUAGGAUCCGACGACGGUUCCCUUGCUUUCGUACCAUCUGAAUUCACGGUGGCUAAAGGAGAGAAGAUCGUGUUCAAGAACAACGCAGGGUUCCCACAUAACGUGGUGUUCGACGAAGACGAGAUCCCUAGUGGUGUGGACGCAAGCAAGAUCUCGAUGGAUGAGACAGCGCUUCUAAAUGGUGCAGGGGAGACUUACGAGGUUACUUUGACAGAGCCAGGCUCUUACGGUUUCUAUUGUGCGCCGCACCAGGGUGCUGGUAUGGUUGGGAAACUCACCGUCAAGUAAAUUGUCUAGAUAUUCUCUUGUUCGUGUAGGAGCUUACAUAUUCAUGAUUUAUAAAUCUAAUUUGGAAGAGAAUGUUGGAUUGAUAAAGAGGAUCAUAUAAUGUUUACUAUCAUAAGUUACUGGUUUCAGUGGCUCUUUUGUACAUUUUAAGUCACGGUCAUACAAUCCGAUAACCUUUCUCUGUGUCCGUGUAAAGAGCUUUUAGUUUGAAUAAAGUUUGUUUUAGGUGUAUCUGCGUUGGGUUUACUUGCCUUACUUUGGUCCCAACGUUUGAGUCUUUUAGAGGCCCAGCACGCCUAUAUAUCACAAAUUGGGCCUAACGACUCAUGUUUUU